AAGCGCGCGUCGCCAUGUGUGUGUGUGACUGUGUCUGUGAGCGUGCACAGGAUUAGCGAGUAAUAACGGAAGAGAAUCAUUACGCGAUUGAUGGAAACACUCAACAUGGUGGACGAAUAGACGAACAAUGUGACAAUGUUCGCGCGUCGAGAUCGGUUCUGGGACAGACGAAAGAACGCACGAUGACAACAAUAUAAUCGCUUUUUUGUGUGUGUUGUGUGUUAGUUUGUUUGUUUUGCCGUUCAUUUGCUAGGUUAGUUAUUUAAGGGUCCAAUUAGAAAUGGCAAACGGCACGAAGACUACCAUGACGCCGAUAAACGGCACAUUGAAUUCCACUCUCCUGGUGCCGACGUAUCUUAGCCAUGAGGAGUUUCUCGCGCUUCGGACGAACGCCACAGAUGGCAAUUUCACCGUCAACGAUACGACUAUAGGAGUGGUGUUCAAGACGUGGUAUCCCUCGGGAUAUUCCCCGGCGCACAUCAUCAUAGCCUCAGUGGUGGUGACGGUGCUGAUGAUAAUGGUGGUGGUGGGAAAUAUGCUGGUGAUAAUAGCGAUAGUCACGGAGAAAUCGCUGAAGAACAUCCAGAAUUGGUUCAUAGCGUCGCUGGCGGUUUCGGACUUUUUUCUGGGGCUGGUGAUCAUGCCGUUCUCUUUGGCUAACGAGCUCAUGGGGUACUGGAUAUUCGGGUUCUGGUGGUGCGAGAUACACUCGGCCAUGGAUGUGCUCCUGUGCACGGCUUCCAUCAUGAACCUGUGCCUCAUCUCGCUGGACAGAUACUGGAGUAUAACGCAGGCGGUGGACUACCUCAAGAAGCGGACGCCAGCUCGCGCGGCGCUGAUGAUAGCUGCCGUCUGGCUGAUGUCGGCGUUGGUGUGUAUACCGCCGCUCCUGGGGUGGCGGGUCAGCAGGCCGCCGGAGCAGUUCCCUCAGUGCAAGAAUAGAAUAGAACAGAAUAGAACAGAACAGAACAGAACAGAACAGAACAAAACAGAACAGAAGAGAACAGAACAGAACAGAACAGAACAGAACAGAACAGAACAGAGCAGAGCAGAGCAGAGCAGAGCAGAGCAGACCAGAGCAGAGCAGAACAGAACAGAACAGAACAGAACAGAAUAG